AGUCCACACUCUCCCCUCGCUCACUUUCCCUUUUCUUCAUCCAUCACAGCCAACCCCAGCCCUCCCUCUCUCUCUCUCUCUCUCUCUCUCUCUCUCUCAAUGGGCCUCUGGGUUUUAGCCAUCACCGCCCUCUUCUUCGUCUCACCCUUCUCCUCCCCAUCCUCAGCACUCACCCCUGAUGGACAAGCGUUGCUCGAGCUAAAAGAGGGCUUCAACGACACCAAGCGGAUGCUGAGUAGCUGGAGAGCAUCCCAUUUCCCCGAUCUUCGGGUUCGAUCAAUAAAUCUUCCAUAUUUGCAGCUCGGGGGCAUUAUUUCGCCGAGCAUCGGGAAGCUUCAGAGGCUUCAGAGACUGGCUCUGCAUCAGAAUAGCCUGCAUGGGUCGAUUCCUCCUGAGAUUAGGAGCUGCAUUGAGCUCAGAGCACUGUAUUUGAGAGCAAACUACCUACAAGGAGGCCUUCCGCAUGAAAUCGGAGAGCUCACUCAGCUCACCAUAUUGGAUUUGUCAAGCAAUCUACUCCAGGGAAGAAUACCUCCUUCAAUUGGCAAGCUCACUCGUCUGAGAUUCCUUAAUUUAUCAACCAACUUCUUUUCUGGUGAAAUCCCAAAUGUUGGAGUCCUUGGCACUUUCAGAAACAGCUCGUUUGUUGGAAAUCUUGAGCUUUGCGGCCUUCCAAUCCACAAGUUAUGUCGGGGUACAUUGGGCUUUCCAGCAAUUCUUCCCCAUCAAGAGACUAUUUCAACUCCAGUUGAAACAUCGGACAUCCAACCAAUGCCCACAAGAAAAACAUCUCAUUUUCUGAAUGGGCUAAUGAUUGGUGCUAUGUCAACCAUGGGAGUGGCGUUAGUUGCUAUCCUCGGGUUACUUUGGGUCUGUUUACUCUCAAGAAAGGGCAAGGUGGGCGAAAAAUACAUAAAAGUAGAUAAACAACGUGUUCAGGAUAUCGGUUCUAAGCUUGUAACAUUUCGUGGAGACCUUCCAUAUUCAUCUGAAGAGAUCAUGAAAAAGCUGGACUUACUUGAUGAAGAGGAUAUUAUUGGGUCUGGGGGCUUUGGGACAGUCUAUAAGAUGGUCAUGGAUGACUUGUGUGCAUUUGCGGUGAAGAAGAUCGAUAGGAACCGUGAAAGCUGCAAUCAAGAUUUUGAGAAAGAGCUUGCCAUAUUGGGUGGCAUCAAACACAUUAACCUCGUCCAUCUACGAGGCUAUUGUAAGCUUCCUUGUGCGAAACUUCUCAUAUAUGAUUACCUGGAACUGGGCAGCUUAGACCGUUAUCUCCAUGAAUAUGAUCAAGAAGAGCAGCCCUUGAACUGGAAUGCUCGAAUGAAAAUUGCACUGGGCUCAGCCCGAGGUUUAACAUACUUGCACCACGAUUGCUCUCCUGCAAUUGUGCAUCGAGACAUUAAAUCCAACAACAUACUCCUUGACCGAAGCCUGGAGCCUCAUGUUUCUGAUUUUGGCCUAGCCAAGCUCCUCGUUGAUGGUGAUUCUCAUGUCACAACUGUGGUAGCUGGUACUUUUGGCUACUUAGCCCCAGAAUACCUGCACAAUGGACAUGCAACUGAGAAAUCUGAUGUCUACAGCUUUGGUGUGCUCUUGUUAGAGUUGAUAACUGGAAAGAGGCCUACGGAUCCAUGCUUUGUCAAGAGAGGACUCAAUAUUGUAGGAUGGAUGAACACAAUGGUGGGAGAUAACAUGUUGGAGGAAAUUCUCGACGAGAGAUGUGGGAAUGUAGAUGCUGAAGCAGUGGAGGCAAUCCUUGAUAUCGCUGCUAUGUGCACUGAUGCUAAUCCAGACGACCGUCCAACUAUGAGCAGGGUGUUACAGAUGUUGGAGGAGGAGGUUAUGUCGCCUUGUUCGAGUCAUUUCUAUGAGCAUCAUUUAGAAAUUUAAAGCUCAAAUGUGGUGUAAAUAUACCGGUGAAAACAUUUUUCCAAAACAGUCCCACCUUGGGAAGCUCAGACCUUUGCAAUCUAAGCAUUCCUUUCUUUAAAA